GGUAAAUAAAAAAUUGUUAUCUUAGUAAUUGGUUACUUUUGUACAAUGUUAUUACAAAAUAAUGUUAAUGCCGGUGUUCAAUAAAUAAUGAUUUAUUACUGAACUACAAAUAUUACUAUUCAAAUAAUUAAUAUUAAUUCAAAGCCUGUUAUAUAAAUCAUUGCAUAUCAUUUAUGUUUUGAUAUUACUUAAUACUUGAUUCGUUCUUUCACUAUGAGUCAAUUGUUAAAUAUACCAGAAUCAUAUAAAGACAUCACAACUGCUGCUAUAAAAGGAAUAAUAGGAUGUGAUAAUGACACGGUGAUUUGUACAACGGACAAAAAGCUUAUGACUUUUUUCAAAGGAUGUCUGAUGAAAAAUUGUAAUGUGAAGAUUGAAGUUMAACAUUUAGAACCAUUUCUUGUUUAUAAUGAACCUAAAAUUGAAGUUUAUUAUAUUUUACAUGGAGAUAAUAAAGUCGUAAUAGUCAAAGAAGAAGCAAGUCUUAAGAUUAUUGAAACAUAUUUCAACGUAUAUGAAAUGGUUGUCCAUGAUCAUAAUAAUUCAGGAAUACCUCAACUUUAUAUAAGAACUGAUAAAGGUUUUGAAUUAAUUGAUAUUUUUGAAAAUAAGGAACAAAUUAGUWKUAUACCUCAAGAAACUUCUGUUGUAUAUACAUUUUGUGUUAGCAAAUUACAACAUUUAAAUAUAUUAUAUGACACAGAAAGAAAUAAAAUGUCACAAAAAACUACUUCUUUUAUCAGUGCUGUAAUGCAAGUAACUAAUGAUGAUAUUUCUGAUGUUCAACUGUUAUCAAAUGUUAAAACAAAAAACUCUUGGUUAAAAUUAUCYAAUGAAAAUCUUGUGUAUGGAUUUACUCUUCAAAAUACUUUAAAAGUACCCGUAUCAAAUCUUAAUCUAAUACUAUUAAAAAACAAUAAACAAAUUUGGUCAAAAUUUCGAUAUGAAWGUUGGGCAGUUGAAAAAAAUAAAAGUGGCUUUAAUUUUUAUAGUCGUAAUGAAAAUACUUGCAUUUCAAAUUGUAUUGAAAAAUGUCUCAUGAGUUUGAAUUCUGAAAGUUCAAUCAUAAUUACAAUUGUUAUUGAUAAUUGGAACACURAGUCAMUUCCAUAUUUUGUUAAUAGUAUAGUGUACUUAAAUAACAAACAUGAUGAUAGAAUACAAUACAUUAACUCAGAUAAAAUUAUGGUUACUGCAAACUUAUUCUUGGAUAAAGAAUUUGAUACAUUUGUUAAAAAUGGUAUUUUUGGUAAGUUUAAAAGCGUUUAGGGACCGGUCCAAUGUGUGAUCUACAGAUAAACGGCUAUCUGUGAAAAAGCRUUGUAGGUACAACGUGUGAUCUACCGAUAACAGAUACCUAUAUUCUAACGAAAAUAUAAUCACAAUCGCUCACAAUGUGAUAAUUACAACCCACAACCACACGAAGAUAGUGAAAAAACUUCAAAUUAUGAAAAUGAAACUCCGGUAGAAAAUAACCAACGAAAUUAUGGAAAUAGA